AAAACCGGGGGCGUCCGAGGGCGGGGCUUUCCUUCGCCGAAAGAGGGCGCACGAUAGAAUAGAAGUGAUGGAGGAAGCUAACGUGCACGACGAGGGGUGCCGGUCCGCGGAGCGGAGGUUAAGUACCCUCGGGAGGCAUCUGAGCGGCCAGUCUCCUUCGUCCGCUGCUUCUCGUGCUUCUCUCAUGGCAUCCGAAAACCCUAAUGGCGCGAUCGCUCCCUCCCCGACCGCUGGGUUCUACGGCGGAUCCGUCUUCGCCCACGUCGUCAAGGCGCCGGAGGAUCCCAUCCUCGGGGUGACGGUUGCGUAUAACAAGGAUCCGAGUCCGGUGAAGGUUAAUUUGGGUGUUGGAGCUUACCGGACUGAGGAAGGGAAGCCGCUUGUUCUGAAUGUGGUGAGACGAGCAGAGCAGAUGCUAGUCAAUGAUCCGUCUCGAGUUAAAGAGUACCUUCCUAUCACUGGAUUGGCAGAUUUCAAUAAACUCAGUGCUAAACUAAUCUUUGGAUCUGACAGUCCUGCUAUUCAAGAAAAUAGGGUGGCUACUGUGCAAUGCUUAUCAGGUACUGGUUCACUGAGGGUUGGAUCUGAGUUUCUGGCAAGGCAUUAUUCUGAGCGCACUAUUUACAUUCCACAGCCCACAUGGGGAAACCAUCCAAAAGUUUUUACACUAGCUGGGCUAUCUGUUAAGACUUAUCGCUACUAUGACCCAGCAACACGUGGGCUGAACUUUCAAGGUUUGUUGGAGGACCUAAGUUCUGCUCCUUCAGGAGCAAUAGUGCUUCUUCAUGCAUGUGCACAUAACCCUACUGGAGUAGAUCCUACUCUUGAUCAGUGGGAGCAGAUCAGGCAGCUGAUGAGAUCAAAGGGACUACUACCUUUCUUUGAUAGUGCUUAUCAGGGAUUUGCAAGUGGAAGCCUGGAUGCAGAUGCACAGUCUGUUCGCAUCUUUGUUGCUGAUGGUGGUGAAUGCCUUACAGCUCAAAGCUAUGCAAAGAACAUGGGGCUGUAUGGGGAACGUGUUGGUGCACUAAGCAUUGUUUGCAGUUCUGCAGACGUGGCAGUUAGGGUUGAGAGUCAGCUGAAGCUUGUGAUCAGGCCCAUGUAUUCAAACCCUCCUAUUCAUGGUGCCUCUAUUGUGGCUACUAUUCUUAAGGACAGAGCACUGUUCCAUGAAUGGACUAUUGAGUUGAAAGCUAUGGCUGAUCGAAUAAUCAGCAUGAGGCAACUGCUUUUUGAUGCUUUGCGUGCCAGAGGAACUCCUGGUGACUGGAGUCACAUUAUCAAGCAGAUUGGAAUGUUUACUUUCACAGGGCUUAAUAGGGAGCAGGUGGCCUUCAUGACGCAAGAAUAUCACAUUUACAUGACUUCUGAUGGGAGGAUCAGCAUGGCAGGUUUGAGCUCUAAAACUGUUCCCCAUCUUGCGGAUGCCAUACAUGCAGCAGUUACCCGCAUGAGUUGAUCAUCAGUGGACUCUGGAUUCAUGAGAAAUCUGAGGUUUCCCCAUCGUCCACACCUUUUACCUGCGUUAUGUUUCUAGUCUUGUAAUAAAUUCAACUGCAAUAUUGCACCAGAAACUAAAUGUUUAUUUGAGCAAGUUUUGAAUUGGGGAAUCUACAUAUGCAUUUAUGCCUACGGAGACGGGUGUUUGCUGGAUAGGAGUGAAAGUGGAUCGAGAUAAUAUCUGUUUGGAUUCA